CCAGCCCUGCCCUCUGGCACUGGCAGCCAUUCCCUGGCUCCUGGCACUGCAAAAGGGAGAGGGACUGAGAUAAAAUCCAGGUCUCCAAGGGAUUUUUCCAAGUUCACAGGACAAUGCACCAUGCCAUGAAUGGGAUGUACCAAAACCACAACAGCCAUGGCACGAGGUUUGCCUAGUGUGAGGAUGAGGCAGAGGAUGAGGCAAAGGAUGAGUAAAGUUCUUCAAGGGAAGAAGAAAUCACAGGUUCAAACAGAAAAGCAGACAGAGAAUUCCAGAAUCCCAGAAUGGUUUGGGUUGGGAGGGGUUUUAAGGAUCAACCAGUGCCACCCCAUGGCAGGGACACCUUCCCCUGUGCCAGGCUGCUCCAGCCCCAGUGUCCAGCCUGGCCUUGGGCACUGCCAGGGAUCCAGGGGCAGCCCCAGCUGCUCUGGGCACCCUGUGCCAGGGCCUGCCCACCCUGCCAGGGAACAAUUCCUCAUUGCCCAGGUCCCAUCCAGCCCUGCCCUCUGGCACUGGCAGCCAUUCCCUUGGUCCUAUUUCUGCCUCCCCAUGUAAGAAGUCCCUCUCCAGCAUUCCCAGAUCAAUGGACCAGUAUGUCUGUAAUUGGAGGAUUUCUAAUGUCUGGAUGAGACUUCUUAACCAUCCCACAGGUAGACCCAAAGCCACAGAUUCAAAGAAUCCUGGAAUGGUUUGGGUUGGAUAAUCACCCAGUUCCAGCUCCCUGCGCUGGGCAGGGACACAUUCUACCAGAGCAGGUUGCUCCAUGCCCCAUUCAGCCUGGCCUGGAACAAUUCCAUGUCUGUGGUUGUGUCUGGAUGCCUGACAGUUCAAGCAUCCUGGCUUUGCCUUUCUGAGCACAGGGGCACAGCUUCACUGGAGGCCUGGAAACCAGGAAAACACCUGUGCAGGUGUCAGCCAGAGUCAGACAAAAGCCUGUAGGCAGAGCCUGACCUGGUGGAAAUGGAUGCUGCUGAUGGGCUGUGACAGGGCAGGGUCCUGCUGUGCUUGUGCAAGGAGAGACCUCUGAAGGGCUCACACUGGACGCACGUGGGCAGAGCAAAGGAGCGUGUUCACAGCUGCAGCCCACCCUGGCAUCCCACACAGGUAUUCCUGGAAACCUGGAGCUGAGGAGGUGACAUCUGCUUCACCAACACCAUCCCUGCAAGUGUCCAAGGCCAGGCUGGAGAGGGCUUGCAGUGACCUGGGAUAGGGGAAGGUGCCCUGUCCAUGGCAGGGGGUAGAACAAGAAGAGCUUUAAAGUCCUUUCCAACCCAGACAAUUCCAUGAAUCUAAAGUACCUCUCUGAGGGGUCUGUGCCUGUUCAGGGAUGGGUGGAAUGUCCAUGCCUGUGGUGAACAGGCAGCCAGGGCUGAAGGAGAGAGAGAUAAGAGGGUCCUGUGUCCUGGCCUGGCCUGUUAAGGGACUCACAGGGAUUUCCUCGAAGACCACACCUCACUGCAGAGUGACCACUGCAUGGGGACCCCCGGCAGGGACCCCCGCCCGUGCCAGCCAAUGGCCCCGCUGCAGGGGCCGGCCAGGGGCUGGCCCAGGGCAUAAAACCCGGCCCAGGCUCUGGGCUCAGCUCAGCUCUGUGAACUCCUGCAGCCACCAUGGUGCACUGGUCAGCCGAGGAGAAGCAGCUCAUCAGCAGCCUCUGGGCCAAGGUCAACGUGGAGGAAUGCGGCGCCGAGGCCCUGGCCAGGCUGCUGAUCGUCUACCCCUGGACCCAGAGGUUCUUCUCUGACUUCGGGAACCUGUCCAGCCCCAUGGCCAUCAUCGGCAACCCCAAGGUGCGUGCCCAUGGCAAGAAGGUGCUGACCUCCUUCGGGGAAGCCGUCAAGAACCUGGACAACCUCAAGGGCACCUACUCCAAGCUGUCCGAGCUGCACUGCGACAAGCUGCACGUGGACCCCGAGAACUUCAGGCUCCUUGGGGACAUCCUCGUCAUCGUCCUGGCGUCCCACCUGGGCAGGGAUUUCUCCCCUGUGUGCCAGUUUGCCUGGCAGAAGCUCGUGGGUGUGGUGGCCCACGCUCUGGCCCACAAGUACCACUGACCACCCCGGGGACAGCAGGAGCCCCGGGCCAGUGCCAGCCCCAUGGGGAGCCCUGACCCCGAUAAACCCUCUGAUAAACCUUCCAAUACCCCUCCAAUAAACCCUCCAAUGAACCCGUCUGCCAGCUCCUGUGCAGUGUCCGUGUGUCCGUGCUGGGCAGGGAGG